AUGAUGUGGCUCCUUGGAGCAUAUCUAUUGCUUUUGCAAAGAGACAUUGUGGGUGGUUUGGUGAUUUUGGCGGCGCCAAUGACAGACGGAGAAGCUUUGCUAUCAUUCAAGCGUGGAGCAAUAUCAAGUCCAGAUCAAAAGAACGGCGUGCUGAAGAGUUGGAAUCAAUCGUCAGCAGAAAACCCAUGUUUUGCACAUUGGGAGGGCAUCUCGUGCGAUUUCAGCCUUCCAAAAGAGCUUGGGAAUCUGAGCAAUCUAGAAGUGAUGGCCUUGUCCCAGAACUCAUUCUCGGGAGCCAUUCCAAGGUCCAUAGGAAACUGCAGGUCUCUUUCUAAGCUUGACCUCUCUGCAAAUAGACUGAGCGGGGUAAUCCCUCCAGAAUUAGGCCAUCUAUCUAAGCUACAGGUACUCUAUUUAUUUGCCAACAAUUUGCUUGGGAACAUCCCUGCUUCCUUAGGGAACUGCAGUGAUCUGCAAACUUUGUCAUUUGGGAAAAAUAAUCUGACUGGCAAAAUUCCGCCAGAAGCAUUUGAUGAGGAUAUGAGAAACCUGCAGAAAGUUUAUCUGUACUCUAACCAUUUUUCUGGAGAAUUGCCUGCUACUAUAUUUCACCUUCCUUCACUGCAAGUGCUUGACUUGUCCAAUAACAGUUUUACCGGUUACAUCCCAGCGGACAUCCAAAACCUAACUAGAUUGAUCCUUCUUCAGCUUGGGUGGAAUAAUCUUUCAUGGCUUGUACCUACUUUCUUAGGAAACUGUUCAAACCUUAUAGUUAUUGAGCUAUAUCGAAAUAGAUUUGCAGGCGAGAUUCCGAGUCAACUUGGGCAGUUAGAAUCCUUCCAAAGACUGGCAUUGAGUUCAAACCACCUUGUAGGAAGCAUUCCUGAGCAGAUUUAUAACGCCACCUCUCUCCAGCUUCUUCAGCUCAGUAAUAACAGGAUCGGAGGAAAACUAAGCAGGGUCAUCUCCAGUAUGCACAAUCUUGAGAGCCUAUAUUUGACUAAUAUGUCUCUUACUGGUAGUAUUCCUGCUGACAUAAGAAAUCUUAGCAAGCUAGUGGCAUUGGAUUUGUCUAGAAAUAAUCUACAAGGUAUCAUACCAAAUUGUUUUCUCUGUCUUCCCAGUUUGGGUGAAUUAUAUCUCUUUGAUAACCAGUUAGAAGAUAGUAUACCGUCGGACAUCUCUGAGUCCUCAAACCUGGUUAAGCUAUUUCUCCAUCUAAACAGGCUGAGUGGAAUCAUACCUGCUUCUGUUGGUAAGGUGUACAAGGGCGUUUUAUCUGAUGGAACAAGAGUUGCAGUAAAAGUUGUGAAUCCUGAGAGCCCUGCUUUCGAGAACUUCGAACACGAAUUGCAUAUUCUGGGAAAGGUGAAGCACAGGAAUUUGGUGCGAGUACUUGGUUACUUCUCCAACACAGAGAAAAAGGCUUUCAUCUUUGAACUCAUGGCCAAUGGAAGCCUCGAGCAUCAGCUACAUGAAUGCAAUGUUUCUCUGGAAAACCGCAUGGGUAUUGCUAAUUGUCUGGUUUAUUUGCACUGUGAAUUUGAUGGGAGACAACUCUCAACCUUGUUGCAUAUUCAUGGGCACCAUAGGCUACGUUGCACCAGAGGUGGCAUACGGAGGGAGGUUAAGCUUAAAGAUGGAUGUUUACAGCCAUGGAAUAGUUUUGAUGGAAAUGUUGAGUGGGAAUUAAGAAGCCCACAAGCACUGCAACUGCAAUUCAGAUUGGAGUGUUGA